CGAGUCUUGCGGACUUUUUUUUUCUUUUCCGCAUUGAGUAUAAAAAUCUAUAUAGUGUGUGCAUACAAUAUAUAAAAAAAAAAUAGUGUGAAGAUCGUCAGUUUACAUUAAAAAUAGUUUUUCAUAUUUCUUUUCUCUUUUUGUAACCCCCGUCGUGUGUCGACUUCAGGAAAAAUCGACAACGAUUCUGUGAAAAGUUGCAGUUGCAGCAAAAAAGGAAUAAGAGAAGGAAAAGAAAAAAAGGGUUAAUUUAAUUGCAGUUUGGGGUGAAUAAAAAAAAUUAUUUGUCGCUCAAAAAAAAAUAAGUAAAGUAAAUAAAAUAAGUGCAACAACACAAAUGUGUAUAAGUUUAAUUGAUAAAAUGAAAGUUACAUAAAACAAGAAGUUUAAAUAGCCCCAGCAAAACCGAAGCAAAUAUCCAUAAAGGAGAGAAACAGCAACAAAAAAAGAGCUUAAAACUUGCUUUCUUGUGCGCAUAUUUUGCACAUUUUUAUUGCAAUUUACAAUUUGCAGUUGUGUAUUUUUUUUCCUGCAUUAAUCACUUGCAAUAUUUAUCAUCAUCAUUUGUGUAUUACAUACCGUAUAAAUAUAAUUUUGAGAGUGUCUACCUCACAAUUGAGUGAAUGAGUGACAAUGAUGAUUUACAAGUCAAAAUCAUUGCAUUAUAAUCUGAUAAAUAUGAUACAUGAACACAACAAGUAUCUGAUUAGUCCAUUUGACAGCAAAUAAGUACUGAAGAACCAUCAAAAAAAAAUCGUAGUGACCAAAAAUCUUACAAACAAGUGAUCCAAAAAAAAAUAAAAAAAAUAUCAUAUCUAAUCACAAAUAUAUAUUAAAGGAAAACACAAACAUUGCCUGAGAUAAAAAAUAAAAAAAUAUCAAGUGAGAAGUGUGACAAUUCAGUGAAAAUAAACUUUCAAAGUUCCUCACAGUAUUUCCAAUAAAAUAAAAGUCGAAUUUCAAAUUAAGUGCAAAUUAAAUAAGUGAUAGAAAAGAUGGCAAGCUUAACAAGACCAUUCACAAUGCUCCUCAUGCUCUUUAUCAUAGGAUUAGCAACAUGUGCAAGAUCAAAAUCACCAUUGCUCGUUGAAGAUGAAGGCAAUCGACGAAAUAGACCAGCAGAGUGUCACUUUGGAAAAGAACUGAAAGAGCUUGGAUCGACGUGGUUUCCUGAUUUAGGAGCUCCAUUUGGAAAGAUGUAUUGCAUUAAAUGUCAAUGUUUGCCAGUACAAAAGAAGCGCAGAAUUGUAGCUCGCGUACAAUGUAGAAACAUUAAAAAUGAAUGUCCUAAGCCGACGUGCGAUGAGCCAAUUUUGUUACCGGGUCGGUGCUGUAAAACGUGUCCAGGAGAUUCAAGCAGUCCUGACAUUCUUCAAGACACACCGGUAGCUACAAUAAAUGAACCGGAAGAUAUGAAACAUUUCGGUGCCCUUCUUACUGGCAGAACGUCAACAAUGUUGAAGCGCGAUGAAAUGCUCAACAAUUAUUCCACAAAGAAUCCACAAAAUUUAAUAGCAACUGGUCGCUUCUCGUUCCAUAAGAAAAAUUUGUAUUACUCAUUUUAUGUAUCAGAAAAAGCAUCCCGUCCAAGUGCCAUACAAUUUAUAGAUAAUAGCGGUAAUAUUUUAGAGGAACAUAGUCUAGUCAUACCAAAUAAUGGUCCAAGCAGUAACUAUCAAAAUGCAACCGGCAAAAUUUGUGGAGUUUGGAGACGUGUACCAAGAGAUUACAGACGCUUAUUGCGUGAAGAUCAAAUGAAUGCUGUCUUAAUUUGGAAUGGAAAAUUCGGAUCAGAUUUAGCCCUUGCCGGUCCAAUCAGUAAAUAUCCAGCAUUAUCAACAGAAUUGUUUAGUUCAUUGUUGGAACCAGCACCAGGUACAAAUGCUGAUGUCAUGGCUGGAGCUGGUGGAACUGCAAUUGUAUCGACAAACAGUGGAGUUGCUCCAUCAAUUCAUCUUACAUUGGUAGUUAAUGGUCUUUUUGAAGCUGAUGAAACAGCCGAUAUUCCAUUGAAUAUUCGAUUGGAAAGUGUUGAAAAGAGAUCUGUUAUUAUAGAGGAAAUCCAACGUGUCAAAAAACCAAAUCAUGACAUUAAUGUUAUUGAAUUCUCAUCACCCGUUUCCGUCAAUGAGUUGCGCCUGUUGACUCGUGGAAAGCUUCAAAUUGUCGUUGAAUCAAAGAAAAAGCCUGAAUCAUUGAGAAUUCAAGGAAAUGUUAUUACACGUGUUGCAUGUGAACUCUUCCAGACACUUCUCUCAUCUCAUAAUCCUGAAUCAAAAACAAAAUCAGCUGGUAUGGCAUGGCUUUAUUUAAACAAAGAUGGAUCAUUAGUCUACAACAUUCAGACACAUAAUUUAAAUAUGGUUGAUAAGCCAUUAAUAACUCUUACAAAUGAUAACGGUGGAAAGAAGAAUACGGAACUAGAAGACUUGACAUCAUCACUUGAGAUGGAUCGUGCUUAUGGAGUUGUUGAUAAAUUGGGUCCGCGUGUUUUAGAGCCACUUUAUGCGGGAGAUCUUGGCCUUAAUGUUGCAACAAAAUCUGAAACGAGUCUCAUUCGUGGUAAAUUCUCCGUUCGACCUGUCACGGAUGCACGCGAUUCCGAAGAACCAAUUUUAUUGAAGCGUGUUGGCGAUCAUGCACCUUUACACUCAGUCGGUAUGGCAUGGAUUGCUGUCGACAACGAUUGUAAUCUACAUUACGAUGUAAGCUUAGCUGGAGUUCCGAAUCAAUAUCAUCCAUUGCAAUUGUAUCUUGUUGAUAUGCCAAUGGAAGUCUUUGGUGCACCAGUUCAUCGUCGCUUACUCGAAGAAUUUGCAUCGAAUCACUUGGAAGGUUUUGUUCUUAGCAUCUCAGCAACAGAUCUUGCAAAAUUGGAAUCAAGUGUUAAUUUUAUUGAAAUUGUAUCAAAGGAUCAAAAUAUACUAAAGUCGAAAGUCAAGUCAGUCAAAGUACCAAAUCAUUGCUAUCCAUUAACCGUUGAGAAUGAAGUUGGAAAUGGAGGUGCUGCAGAAGAUAACUCAAAUCAUCAAUCAUCCGACACGAAAUGUUAUCACUCGAAUCGAUUCUAUGACGAUGGUGAACAGUGGCAUAGCAUUAUUGAAUCUUGCACCGUUUGUGCAUGUAACAAUCGACGUGUUAAAUGUGAACCAAUCAAAUGUCCACCACUUAAGUGUAAGAAGGAAGACCAAUUGCAUAGAAAGGGUGAAUGUUGUCCUACAUGUGUUGGAAAAUAUGUGGAAGAGACCAACAAUAAUGCCCCACCACGUGGAUGCAAACUCGGUGACCAAUUCUACAAAGCUGGAUCAUCAUGGCAUCCAUAUUUACCACCAAACGGCUUCGACACAUGUGCUGUCUGUACAUGUGAUUCAAAUAGUUUAGAAGUAUCAUGUCCAAGAGUACAAUGUCCUCCACUUAACUGCAAUGAGAAACUUGCAUAUCGUCCUGAUAAAAAGGCUUGCUGCAAGAGAUGUCCAGACGUCAAACCACAAAAGGAAUCAAAACAAAACACCGAAGUAAUGAAGGAUGAAGGAAGCAGGACAGGCACGUUAAAUUCACCAACAGUAAUAAUGGCUAGUGGUGGCUGCAAAUCACAUAUGGGAUACCAUAAAAAUGGACAAGAAUGGCAUCCAAUUAUCGCUUCACAUGGUGAACAGAAAUGCAUCAAAUGUAAAUGCAAGGAUGGUAAUAUUAACUGUGAGAAGAAGCGAUGCCCACGUACAGCUUGCCAAAAUCAAAAUAAAAAUGGUAAGAAGCAGCCAGUGGACGAUGACUGUUGUCAAUGUCGAGCCAGACGUCAUCAAGCAGGACAUCGAAGAAAACAGAAGCAGCAACAGCAACAACAGCAGCAGAAUGCAUCCAAAAGUUGAAAUAUUCAUUCAUCAAAGUAGGAAACCGAAAAGUGUAAUGAAAAAAAAAAUUUCCAGAAAUUAUUAAAGUUCUUUUUUUGAGGAUGAAAAAAAAAACACACCCCCACAUAUACACGCGAAAAAAAAUUGUUUAAAAUGUUAAGAGAAACAAAAAAGCAUACAUAC